AUGCCAGACUCCCCCACAAUCCUCCUCCUAGGCACCUUCGACACCAAAAUCCCCGAACUAACCUACACGCGCCAGACGCUCCUUUCCCAAACCCCUCAACCACACAUCCUAGUGCUCGACGUCGGCCGCCACCCAACAAUAUCAACAGACCCCAAAUUCACAAUCAACUACAGAAUCCCCCAGCACAACGUCCCGGCUCCCCGAGCCCAAUACAUCAAAGCCGCCUCAGAGCACGCGACCACCAUUGUCGCCGACCUGUACCAGGGGAACAAAAUCCACGGGAUCAUUUCGCUGGGCGGGUCGUGCGGGACGAACAUCGCGACGGCGGCGAUGCGGAACGCGCUCCCGGUUGGGUUCCCGAAGCUGAUGGUGUCGACGAUGGCGAGCGGGGAUGUCAAGCCCUACGUGGAGGAGACGGAUGUGACGAUGAUGUAUAGCGUUGUGGACAUUGCGGGGCGGAAUUGGAUCCUGGAGGGCAUCUUGCGGAAUGCUGCGUGUGCGAUCUUUGGGAUGGCAAGGGGGUAUCUUGAUUCUUCUUUGUCUAGGGGAGAGGGUGGUGGGGACUCUGGGAAGGAGAGGAAGAAGAGAGUUGGGAUUACUAUGUUUGGGGUGACGACGCCUGGGGUGGAUCGCAUUCGGGCUCAUUUGGAGGAUGAAUACGGGUUUGAGGUGUAUGUGUUUCAUGCGACGGGCGCGGGGGGCAAGGCGAUGGAGAGACUGGUGCGGGAGGGACGGUUGGAUGCGGUGGUGGAUUUGACGACGAGUGAGGUCGUCGAUGAGGUUAUGGGGGGUGUGCUAUCUGCUGGGCCGGAGCGGUUGGUGGCUGCUGCGAGGGCGGGCAUUCCGCAGGUCGUCAGCGUGGGCGCUUGUGAUAUGGUGAAUUUUGGGCCCCGGAAUACUAUCCCCGAGCGGUAUGAGGGUCGGCUGAUCUAUGAGCAUAAUCCGACGGUGACGUUGGUGAGGCCGAAUGCUGAGGAGACGGUGGAGGUAGCGAGGUUUAUCGCGGAGAAGUUGAGGGCUUGUGCGGCGAAGCCGGACUUGAUUCGCUUGGUACUUCCUACAGGCGGGAUUAGUAUGAUUGAUACGCCUGGACAGCCGUUUUAUGACCCCGAGGUGGAUGAGGUGCUGUUUUCUACAUUGGAGAAGGAGCUGGAUGGGAGUGGUAUCACCAUUGUCAGGGAUCCGAGAGCUAUCAACAAUCCCGAGUUUGCGGUCAGUGUGGCGGAUAUGCUGGGAGAUUUGGUCAAAUCUUUGUAA